GAAACCGCCACUCGUCGCCCAAUUAAAACCCCCGCGUCUCACUCCAUUCCGCGCAGCCCCACCCACCGCGCUCACCGACACAUGGACCCCACCGCCCCCAACUCCGGCGGCGACCACGCCGACGCCACCGCCCCGACCAACACCACCGUGACCCUCCCGCCGCUCACCCUCCGCGACGUGCCCCGCCUCCACGCCGCGCUCGCCUCCCCGCCCCCGGCGAUCCCGAACCCCAUCUCCAGCCGCCCCGACUUCCACCCGCCGUCCACCUUCUACAUCUCCCCGGGGGACGUCUCCCUCCGCUACGCCUUCUUCGACCUCGCAUCCGCCUCGCCGUCCCCGCUAGUCGCCUACCGCCGCGCGGGCCCGCGGAAGGACCUCGCCGUCGACCCGGCGCGCGCGCGCGCCGCGCUCGUCACCUGCGGGGGGCUCUGCCCGGGGCUCAACACCGUGCUGCGGGAGCUCGUCGUCGGGCUCCACGGGCUCUACGGCGUCCGCGACGUCUUCGGCAUCGCCGCGGGGUACCGAGGGUUCUACGGCGCCGACGCGGACCACCUGCGGCUGGACCCGACCGCCGUCGACGACUGGCACAAGAAGGGCGGCUCCAUGCUCAAGACCACGCGGGGCGGCUUCGAUCUGAGUAAGAUCGUCGACGGCAUCGUCGCUCGCGGGUAUACGCAGAUAUAUGCAAUCGGCGGGGAUGGAACCAUGAGAGGAGCCGUGGCAAUCUCUCAAGAGUUCAAACGCCGUGGUUUGAACAUAUCCAUUGCUGGUAUCCCGAAAACUGUGGACAAUGACAUUGGCAUCAUAGACAGGUCAUUUGGUUUCCAAACUGCGGUGGAUAUUGCUCAGCAGGCGAUCAACGCAGCACAUGUGGAGGCUGUUAGCGCCGUCAAUGGCAUAGGUCUUGUCAAACUUAUGGGCAGGAGCACGGGCCACAUUGCCCUUCAUGCCACUCUGAGCAGCCGUGAUGUUGACUGCUGCUUGAUUCCAGAGGUUUAUUUCAACCUGGAAGGUAACGGGGGCCUGUUUGAGUUUCUAUAUGAAAGGAUAAAACAGAAGGGGCAUGCUGUCGUUGUGGUUGCUGAAGGUGCUGGUCAGGAAUUGAUUCCCCGGACUGAUGAUCAGAAGCAAGAGCAGGAUGAGUCAGGCAACAUUGUGUCCCUUGAUGUAGGCCUCUGGCUGAAGUCUGAGUUUGGUAAAUGGUGGAAGAGAGAACACCCCAAUGAACUGUUCACUGUGAAAUACAUUGAUCCUACAUACAUGAUUCGAGCGGUUCCGGCAAAUGCUACCGAUAAUGUGUAUUGCACCUUGCUGGCGCAUUCAGCAAUCCAUGGGGUCAUGGCUGGGUUUACUGGCUUUGUACCUGGUCCAAUAAAUGGGACCUACAGUUACAUACCGUUGGAAGAUGUUGCUGUGGCGAAGAACCCUGUUGAUGUGAAUGAUCACAAAUGGGCAUGGGUUAGAUCAGUCACAAAUCAGCCGGAUUUCCUGAAGUCACAAGAAUAAGACAUUAAGUUCAGUGGUGUCACCGGAUGGCUAGAUGACUUGCUCCGCUCUAGACAAUGUUAAAAUGGAAUUCCUCUGAUACGGAUGUUCCUUUAGUUAUUUUUCUGUUCAAUAAGAUGGUUGCAGCUGUACUCUCCAGUUUGUGUGCUUGUGGUUGUGGAACACCUCUGAGUAUGUCGGCAGCAAUUGGUGUACUUGUACAUAUGUUGACAUUAGCAUUCCCAUGAAUAAAUGAUAUACUAGGAUGAAAUGAUAUU